UGUCAAACACAGGAAGUGUAGUAGAGGUCGCUGCAUGUUAAUAUAUAUGUCAAUGAUAAUAACCAUAACGCACUAUUGCAACACAUCCAUACAUUGCACGCAUGAGUAUUUUAGUUGGUUGAACAGUGCUGUUUAGAAAGAAACGGUGUACACUGGAACCGAUAGCCUCCAAGACAGCGGCAUGAGAUGGAGACAUUGAAGGCAAGUCAGGUCUUUGCUCCUGCAAAGUGUUCCAACUAUAUAGUGUGAUUCCACUGGGGGUGUGCAGAUACCAGCAACAUGCCCCUGUCAGACUUUCUGGACGGCCUGAAGGACAACCCAUACUUCGGGGCUGGCUUUGGACUGGUUGGGGUUGGGACAGCGUUGGCCGUGGCCAGGAAAGGUGCCCAGGUGGGAAUGAUCUUCUUCCGCAGGAACUACAUGAUCACUCUGGAAGUUCCCAGCAGGGAUAAGAGCUACCACUGGCUGCUGAGCUGGAUCACCAAACACGCCAAGCACACCCAGCACCUGAGCGUGGAGACCUCCUACCUGGCACAUGAGAGUGGACGGGUUCAGACACAGUUUGACUUCCACCCAAGCCCUGGGAACCACAUCAUCUGGUACGGGAGGCGGUGGAUCAGGGUGGAGAGGACCAGAGAGAAGCAGAUGGUGGAUCUGCACACUGGAACCCCGUGGGAGUCCGUCACCUUCACUGCUUUAGGCAGAGACAGACAGAUUUUCUUUAAUAUCUUACAAGAAGCCAGAGAAUUGGCCCUAAAGCAGGAAGAGGGACGGACAGUGAUGUACACAGCCAUGGGUGCUGAGUGGAGGCCCUUUGGGUUUCCACGGCGACGCAGACCUCUCAGCUCUGUGGUCCUGGAGGGGGGCGUGGCCGAAAGGAUCGUAGAUGAUGUGAAGGAGUUCAUCGGAAACCCCAAGUGGUACACAGACAGAGGCAUCCCCUACAGAAGAGGAUACCUGUUGUACGGCCCCCCAGGGUGUGGAAAAAGCAGCUUUAUCACGGCACUGGCAGGCGAGCUGGGCUACAGCAUCUGUCUGAUGAGUCUGAGUGACCGCAGCCUUUCAGAUGACCGUCUGAACCACCUCCUGAGCGUGGCACCGCAGCAAAGCAUCAUACUGCUGGAGGAUGUAGAUGCAGCCUUCGUCAGCCGAGACCUGACUCCCACAGAGAACCCUCUGGCCUACCAGGGAAUGGGAAGACUGACCUUCAGCGGCCUGCUUAAUUCUCUGGAUGGAGUGGCCUCAUCUGAGGCCAGAAUAGUUUUUAUGACCACCAACUUCAUUGACAGGUUGGACGCAGCGCUGAUCCGACCCGGCCGUGUGGAUCUGAAGCAGUACAUUGGGAAUUGCACGCACUGGCAGCUUACACAGAUGUUCCGGCGGUUCUACCCAGACGAGCCUGCCUCUGAGGGCGAGCGGUUCGCAGAGCGUGCGCUGGCCGUCCACUCGGAGAUCAGCGCUGCCCAGGUGCAAGGACACUUUCUGCUGCACAAAAUGGACCCCGCAGGAUCUAUAGACAAUGUUGCCCAAUUAAUAUAAUGGCAGGACUGCAAGGUGGUUUGGAGACUGAUUACUUAAUAAAGAGAAAAAUGUUUCCAGUUGAAGUUACGGUAUUAAUAGGACAGAUGUGCAUUGAUGCCAUGGACUGUAUAUGCAGUAUAUGAUUGAUACCAAAUAAAUACACGUAAAAAAAUA